CUUUGGGAUGUGUCACAACCCGCAAAAGGCCCAGAACCCGAGCAUACUACAUGGACGAUGGGAGACAGCUCGGAAUCGGGGGCUCCAGAUUCAUGGGAAACCCAACUUGCUGCUCUGAAAAGCAGCUCAACUAUUCUACGCAUUGAUACCCUGCGGAAACUGCUGCAGGAGAUACAAGGCUCUGGUGAACAGUCCAAUUCACCAGAUGUCUUGAAACCUUUGCCUGCGAUCCUUGAGACCUACCCUCGAUAUGCGGAUAGGAAGUCCCGCCGGGCUGUGCAGUCAUGCCUCCGAGCAUACUUAACAAUUCCUGCCUCUACCGAAAGAACGUACCCGGCCGUCACAAAGUUUCUGCUCCAGGAAAGCCAGAAGGGUGUUAUAGCCUCUACAAAUGCUUUCGUGCUCCUGGAAUGGUGCUGUAUCGCUCAGCAAGACAGUGUGCAUAAUGAGAAGGUCUUCGACUCUUGCUUUGGAAAGCUAUGUCUGGCUGCAGCUCGGCUUCUUGAGAAAUGCGAGGAUGGAACCGUGCGUGGUGGCAUCCAGGAUUCGGCCCUGACUAUUGCGAGGAGGGGUCUGCGGGAUGUAUUCAAGAAUGCGCAAUUCGGAGCCAAAGCCCUGAAUGUUGCUCUCAAGGAGGUUACAGGCUCACCCGAUGCAAUCGCCAGCUAUGCUCCAUACUUGGGCAUAAUAGCUGGUGUGAGUUCUCGUAUACCAGAGAGAAAGGACCAGCUCGAAGCUUCGAGUAAGCAGAUCUUGGAUUUCUACAUCAAGUGUGUGAUUGGCUCCAGGACACCGGUGCCUCCUCAUCAAUCGCAAGGUCUCGAGGACUUUUUCCUGGACUAUGUGACGGUCGAAGAGAUUGGCAAAGUUGUGGUACCAGCCUUGGAGAAGGCCAUCCUGCGCUCGCCUGAAGCUGUUUUGCAGGGACCUAUCGAAGCUCUCGCCACCUGCUUGCCUAAGGAGCUGGACAUUUCAAAGUAUGUCCUUACAAGACUGGUGAAACCGCUUAUAGGAGCACUCAAUUCCACCAAUGCUACCAUCCGAGAAGGUGCCGGCAAGGCUACACUUUCCCUGAUUGAGAGGGGCGGCCACCCAGACGUUCUCCAGAAGAUUGCUGCCGAGUUGGCAUCGGCUCUGAAGUCUUCCAAGCCCGCCAACUUCGAAAUGCGUGGCAUCGUCGCUGACAUUUUGCGCGCCGUCAAACCGGAAAGCAAGUCCUCGAUGACUAUUGUCCAGGCAAUACUUCCUGCUGCUUCCAAGGAGGCAAACGAAGGCACUCUGAGGAAAGAGCUCACGGCAGUUGCUCCACAUCUGGAAGCUGUUCUGGCCGCCGGUUCGAUUGACAAGAGUCUUUCAGAUCAAAUUCUGAAGGGCUGCUCGGACAAGCGUCUUACUUUCCGCAAGUCGUGGAUCCUCUUCCUGGCCACUGUCCUAAAGGAGCUCAAGGAUGUCCCAGCUGAUGGCUCUUCGCGAGAAUUUGUUCGGUCAGCACUGAAAAUCUUACGCGAUGCCCACGAUGAGAUUGCAGCUAGUCCUUUACCUGCCACGCAGAAUGGCUAUGUUGCAGCAGCUUUUGGCUUUCCUGCGUUGCUAGACGCGCCCAUUCUUCAGGCGGACGAGUAUAAGUCGAAAUCAGACGGUCAGAUGAAGCAACAUUUACUCGUCGCCCAACCAAAAUUUUCGUUCCUCCUGAACUCAAAGGUCUAUACGCGGCUGUCAUCUGCCGAGGACAAUCGUUGGGCGCUGCUUGCGUUGGCUACAGCAGCGGCAGAGCUUGAAGGUGCCACUGAGGAAGGGAAGACAGCAUGGGCCAGAGCAAUCCUUCAUUUGAUGCUAGCUCCUGAGGUUGACUCUUCCGUCCGUAAAGAGACCGGCGUUGCACUGUCGCGUGUCUACAUGGACAAGCCCGCUGCAGUGGGACAAAGCAUAGUUCUCGGUAUCUGGGAUCUGCUUCGAUCUCGUGCCUUGGAAUCAGGCGGCAAAGCCGCCGAAACUUCUUCGCUCACAGAUGCUCGGUUGCUCCAGGCUGUGAAGUGUAUAUCGCCCUCAAAAGACAAGUUGACAAGCGAAAAUCAGACGAUUCCGCACCAAGAUCUUGAAAGACAGUCCGUGUCGACGAGUGUGCUGCUACGUCCAGAACUGAUCACGAACACGGAUUGGAUCGCCGUGUGUCUCACCAUUGGAGUCGAUCCUGGCCAACUAGCAGAAAAAGAGCGAGAAGCUCUGUUGACGGAGAUUCUUUCGCACUUCGAUACUGACAAAAUAGCACCUCUGGAUGUAUUCGAAAUAGCCGCGUGCAAUACUGCGGCAACCUUAGCAUUCGUUGCCCCAGACUCUUUCACACCAGCCCUUAUCGAACAGUUACGCUCGGAUCUGGAUAUUACACAAUUGGAAGGCGUUGGUCCCACGGAAGCACUUAUCGCCCGAUCACCAGAAGGGACGUUGGUAGUGGAUGUACUCAGCCAACAGUCUAAUAGUGUCCUGGAGAACAAGAACCAGAAGGACUACGAUGUCCUGAAGUGGGAAGAGGAGAUCCGCUCACAGUUGGAGAAAAAGAAGGGCGCUCAACAGAAGAAACUGACCCCAGAGCAACAAGCCAAAGUCAAUGCACAACUUGCCCAUGAGACAUCAUUACGGAAUAGGUUGAGAUCAGUCUCAUCUAAACUGAGGCGAGGCGCCAAAUUCAUUGAAAGCCUGGCACAUGGCCCACCAACAGAUGCACGGCUUUGGAUGCCCUCCGCCAUCACUGCCCUGACGAGUACCCUCGAUGCUGGAGCCUCUCUCCUGGUUGAUGACGAGCUUGUUUCGGCUUACCUAGCCUGCUCUACCAAGGUCUCAGAUCGUUUGGGGACCAUGCGACCUUUCAUUGGAGUAGCAACACUAAGAUCUUUGAGAAGUGCGAAUGUCCCUGAGCACCUCUGCUCAGAGCCUUUGGCGGAUUUGGGUACGAGAGUGUUGUAUAGAUUGAGGUUUGCGGCCGAGCAGCGCCCAUUCGAUACAGCAAGCACUGUCUACGCACUGCCGCUCAUCUUCCAGGUGUUGGAAAAUGGAAAGAUUGGUGAAGUCUCUUCCGACGAUGCGGACGCUCAGGUUCUCCUCGCUUUGGAGUUCUUAUCCUUCCAGAUGGCUCUAGGUGGCGAUGGGCGGCUUCCUCGGGCGGAAAUCCUGCGCCAGCUUAUCGGUGCUAUGCAGCGGUAUACUCAACACUAUCGCGUCAUCAAGGACUGCCUGUUGGACUUCUGUCGAUCAAUAUCUGAGACUCUUACUUCAGAAGAGAGGGACAUUCUGCUGUCCGCAGUCACAGUGCCUCAAUCGACAGUUCGAUCUGCUGUUCUUCAGGCGAUCUCUUCUGAGCUUGACUUGUCAGAAAUCAACUACUCAGUCCAUCUCUGGAUCGCUUGCCAGGAUGAAGAAGAUGAAAAUGCGGAGACUGCUUUGGCAAUAUGGCAAGCAGAGGAGUUCACUGUGACCGAUGAGGUGGUCGAACAAAUUCCUACCUUUAUAUCUUCUACUGCUCGAUCCACCAGGGUUUCUGCAUCAAAAGCGCUGGCUCAGGCACUUCUGGAGAUGCCUUCCAAGACCGAGUCCGUACUGGCUCGGCUUGAAGAAUCGUACCGCACAGAAUCAAAGCCCUUAGUCCCGAAGCGCGACAAGUUCGGAAUAGUACAAAGAGGAGAAUUGACCGAUCAGUGGGAGAGGCGAAGCGGUAUUGCCCUCGCUUUCAAAGAGCUCAGUUCGGUCCUUGACAAGACUGCGCUCGUGCCUUUCAUGCAGUUCCUGGUUUCAGAGGGUGCACUUUCUGAUCGAAGUGCUACGGUACGCUCAGAAAUGGUAGAUGCUGGUACUGCACUGGUUGCUGUUAGAGGAAUGGAGUGCCUGGAACCUCUCAUGGAGAUCUUUGAGAAGGUCCUGCAAGGUCCCGACAAAGCCACGCAAGAGUCUGAUUGGGUUAACGAAGCCGUGAUCGUUCUGUAUGGCUCACUAGCACGCCAUCUUCCUGACGGUGACAAACGAACACAAAGUGUCAUACAAAAAUUGCUUGACACCCUCAGCACACCAUCAGAGUCAGUUCAGUAUGCUGUGGCAAACUGUUUACCUCCUCUGAUUCGACCGCAAACUGUUGAAGCUGGACCCUACAUAUCUUCCAUGCUUGACCAGUUGUUCAAUUCGAAAAAGUACGCUGCACGGAGAGGAGCUGCUUAUGGUCUUGCCGGCAUUGUGAAAGGCAAAGGAGUUGCUUCCCUGCGACAGCAUCGAGUUAUGUCUGCCUUGCGGGCCGCAACAGAGAAUAAAAAGAGCCCCGACCAGCGACAAGGCGCUAUGAUGGCAUAUGAACUGAUGUCGCUUCUGCUCGGGAGAACAUUUGAGCCUUACGUGAUAGAAGUGCUCCCGCAGUUCCUGACAUGCUUUGGUGAUCCUGUUGCCUCUGUCCGUGAGGCCACUUUGGAUACAGCAAAGACCUGUUUCGCAAGGCUGAGCUCAUUUGGUGUCCACCAGGUACUACCACAGUUGCUGGAGGGCCUGGACGAGACUCAAUGGAGAAGUAAGAAAGGUGCAUGCGAUCUGCUAGGUGCAAUGGCCUACCUUGAUCCCCAACAAUUGGCCACAAGCUUGCCGGAUAUCAUUCCACCAUUGACGGCAGUGCUGACCGACACUCACAAAGAGGUUCGAGCUGCUGCCAAUAGCAGUCUGAAGAGAUUCGGAGAAGUCAUCACUAACCCCGAGGUUAAGAGCCUUGUUGAUCUUCUGCUGAGAGCCCUCAGUGACCCAACGAAAUACACCGAGGAAGCUCUUGAUGGUCUGAUAAAGGUCUCGUUUAUUCAUUACCUUGAUGCACCGUCGCUGGCUCUUGUUGUAAGGAUAUUGGAACGAGGCCUCAACGAUCGAUCGGCUACGAAACGCAAAGCUGCCCAGAUCAUUGGCAGCUUGGCACAUCUGACCGAGAAGCGUGACAUAGUGACACAUUUGCCGAUACUGGUCACUGGAUUGCGCCUUGCUGCAAUCGAUCCCGUUCCAGCCACUCGGGCAACUGGUGCAAAGGCGCUGGGCAGUCUAGUCGAGAAACUGGGAGAAGAUGCCUUCCCUGACCUCAUACCCAGUCUUAUGUCUUCGCUACGUACAGACACCGGUGCCAGCGAUCGUCUUGGUUCCGCUCAAGCUCUCAGCGAAGUCCUUGCAGGUCUUGGAACUGAACGUCUGGAAGAGACUUUGCCAACAAUCUUGCAGAACGUUGCAAGUACCAGGGCCACAGUUCGAGAAGGGUUUAUGACGCUCUUCAUCUUCUUACCAGCCUGCUUUGGCAACAGCUUUGCCAACUACCUAGCACAAAUCAUACCGUCAAUCCUUGCCGGGCUUGCCGACGAAGUGGAAGCUAUUCGGGAGACGGCGCUCAGAGCUGGCAGGCUGCUCGUAAAGAACUUCGCAAGCAAAUCUAUCGACCUUCUCCUGCCAGAACUGCAACGCGGUUUGGCUGAUGACAGCUAUCGUAUUCGUCUCAGCUCCGUUGAGCUGGUUGGUGAUCUCCUUUUCAAUCUCACCGGCAUCAGCGGCACAACAGAUGCAGAAGAAGAGGCUGAACAGGCUACACAAGCCGGACAGUCUUUGCUCGAAGUGCUGGGUGAAGAACGGCGCAACAGAGUUCUCGCAUCGCUUUACAUCUGCCGUUGCGAUACGUCUGGCCAAGUCCGCGCUGCAGCUAUCGCUGUCUGGAAGGCACUGGUUGCUACACCGAGAACUUUGCGGGAGUUGGUACCCACUCUCACACAAAUGAUCAUCGCUCGCCUCGCCUCCGCCAAUAUGGAGCACAAAGUCAUCGCUGCGAACGCUCUGGGCGAAGUCAUUCGAAAGGCCGGCGAAGGUGUAUUUGCUGCACUACUUCCAUCACUCGAAGAGGGUCUUCAAACCUCAACGGACUCAGACAAGAGACAGGGUAUUUGCAUUGCGCUGCGUGAAAUUGUGAAUGCUGCUCAACCAGAAGCUCUGGAAGAGCACGAAAAGAAAUUGAUUGCAAUUGUCCGGCUGGCCCUGACAGAUUCCGAUCCAGAAGUACGCGAGGCUGCGGCGGAGUCCUUCGAUUCUCUGCAGCAGACCUUCGGCAAACGAGCCGUCGAUCAGGUGUUGCCACAUUUGCUCAACCUACUACGGAGCGACACCGAAGCUGAGCAUGCUCUAUCAGCCUUGUUGACCCUGCUCACAGAAGCCACACGAGCCAAUGUGAUCUUACCAAACCUCAUUCCUACACUCUUGACAAACCCGAUCACGGCAUUCAACGCCCGUGCUCUUGCUUCUCUAGCAAAGGUGGGCAGCUCUAGCAUGACUCGCAGGUUGCCUUCGAUCCUGAACAAUUUGGCGGAUAACAUUGUCAACUGCAAGGAUGAAGAUCUUUUAGAGGAACUUAACGAAGCGUUUGACGCGGUCUUGUCGUCCGUCGAUGAGUUCGAUGGACUCAAUACUGCUAUGAGCGUCAUGUUGGCGAUGAUCAAGCACGAUGAUCAUCGCAGACGAGCUGUAGCAGCGAAACAUUUGGCCUCAUUCUUCACCAAAGCAGAAGUCGACUACUCCAGAUACAACCAAGAUCUUAUUCGCGUCCUGAUCAUUUCUUUUGGUGACAGGGACAAAGAAGUGGUGCAAGCAGCUUGGUCUGCUCUGACUCAAUUACAGGCACACCUUCGCAAGGAGGAGAUGGAGACCUUGGUUGGGUCUACACGGCAGGUGCUGCAACAGGCCGGCACUGCUGGAUCUAUCUUACCUGGCUUCGCGCUGCCAAAGGGCAUCCUGCCUGUGCUGCAGAUCUUCCUGCAAGGCUUGAUGAAUGGUACUACAGACCAAAGAGUCCAGUCUGCCAUGGGUAUCUCAGACAUCAUCGACCGCUCUGGUCCAGAUGCCUUGAAGCCUUUUGUCACCCAAAUUACCGGUCCGCUCAUUCGUGUAGUAGGUGAGAGGUCAAUGGAUGUCAAAUGUGCCAUUCUGUCCACUCUCAACCAACUACUCGAGAAGAUCCCUACUUUUCUGCGUCCGUUCCUGCCACAAUUGCAGAGAACAUUCACAAAGUCUAUUGCCGAUCCGACAAGCGAUCUUCUGAGAAUGCGCGCAACAAAGGCUUUGAGCACACUUAUUACUUUAACGCCCAGAGUUGACCCGCUGAUUGCAGAACUCGUCACCGGUGCAAAGACACCCGAUGUGGGCGUCCGCAACGCCAUGCUCAAGGCGCUACAAGAGGUCGUCAGCAAAGUUGGCGCCAACAUGAGUGACGCUUCACGAGAGUCCAUUCUCGGUUUGAUGGACGGGCAACUCGACGGCCAGGACGAUAAUGCAAUGGUCACCAACGCACGUCUUCUCGGUGCCAUGAUCAAAGUCCUGCCAGCAGAGAAACCAGCGACAUUAAUCAAAGGCCGGGUUCUCGUCCAACCAUUGACAAAUGCAUCGAUCCUUGCUCUCAACGCCGUCCUGCUAGAGAGCGCACAAACCUUGAUCUCUGGCUAUGCAGAAGAGACCAGAGCCGUGCUCGUCGCCGGCCUAACAGGCAAGAGCACCUUCGUCCAGCAAAAUGCCGUUCUUGCCGAGGGCAAAUACUUACUGUCGGAAUCGACCGUCUCUGACGAACAAGCGUGCCAACCCCUGAUCGAAGCUCUUGCAUCCGUCAUCGCUCCUGGCGGCGACAUCGAUUCGCGCAGACUUGCACUCGUCGUUGUGCGCACUGUGUCACGACACCACAGCGAGGAAAUGCACGCUUUCUUGUCAGUGCUUAUCCCGCCGGUCUUUGCGUCCGUUCGCGAUCCCGUCAUCCCGGUCAAAUUGGCUGCCGAAGCCGCGUUCCUUGCGCUGUUCGGUGUCGUCGAUGAGGAGUCUGCGGUGUUUGACAAGUACAUGGCUGGACCUGGCAAGUCGUUGUCUCCUGGCCAGGCCAGGCCGAUGGGCGACUACUUCAAGCGUGUGGCGUUGAGGCUGGGCGCGCAGGCAAGAGAACGGCGCGAAGCCGAGGGUGGAGCUGGUGGGUUGGGACUCAGCUCAGACGAGCAGGAGGAUGAACGGGAGGUGUGGAGUGUGGGGAGAGUUGAUCUUGGAGAGGUUGGUGGCGAGGAGUGAACGAAAACGACACUGAGUACGAGGACUCGCAUUGAUAUUACAAGCAUAGCAUAAAGCACGAUCGAGCAUGAAAAAAGCAUUACACUGAAU